AGCUGAUGUCAGGGCCUGUGCAAGGAGGGAAGAGGACUGGGCACGGGUCACAGUUGAGUGGGAGUUAGCAGCAGAGAACAUCAACAACACAAUAUCAAAAUGAGUGUCAACGCUGUGAAGUUUGCCGUGGCUCUGCUGGGUGUUUUAUUGCUUUUGACUUUCUCCUCAUCUGCACAAGUUGGUCUGAGUGACAAAGUUCUGGUCUUCCCUUAUGAGACGGACUUCAGCUACGUGGCCUUGGUUCCGCAGAAGGAGAUGGGGCUGAGGGCCUUCACCCUCUGCAUGCGUGUGGCCACCGAGCUGCCGGAGGACCGACAGAUCAUCCUGUUCGCCUACCGCACAGCUGACUACGAUGAACUCAACGUGUGGCGUGAGAAGGAUGGGCGCAUUUCCUUUUACCUGAGUGGUGAUGGCGCCUUCUUCCACCUGCCUCCACUCACCACCUUCCGCACCAGCCUUUGCCUCACCUGGGAGUCUCGCACUGGCCUUUCCGCCUUUUGGGUGGACGGGAAGCGUAGCACCUACCAGGUCUACAAACCCGGUCACACUAUCCGUCCAAAGGGCACUGUCCUGCUGGGGCAAGACCCAGACAAACACCUGGGGGCCUUGGAGGCCACGCAGAGCUUUGUGGGGGAAGUGACAGAUCUGAAUAUGUGGGACUUCGUGCUCUCCAGGAGCAUGAUCCAGGGCUGGCACUAUGGACACAAAGUCCCUAAAGGGAAUAUCUUCGACUGGGCCACCAUGGAGUAUGAGCUGACUGGGAAUGUGUUGGUUGUGGAUGAUGACUGACUCCAUGUGAAGUCCAGAGCAGGGAUGGAUCAGGCUUUGGAGGUCGGUGUGGGACUUGUAUGUGUUCUUUUCCUUCUUAGAUUUGGUGUUUUGUUUUAUGACCCUUUAAAUGUUACAUGAAGUCCACCACUUUAAUGUUGCCCUCUAGAGACCUUUUUGUGUCUCAAAGCUCCUGUCUCGAUUUUUAUGAGAACAUGCAGAUAAAUAUCAAACUCAAGAGUUGAUGUUGCCAGAUAUGUCCAUAGGGGGGCACUCUAUGCCAGUUCACACCAUAUAGGAACCUGUCUAAAAUUAAUCAUUAGGUAUGUGAUCUGACACCAGCAAUAUAUUAUUACUAUUUUUUAAUGACCAAAAUCCAGACUAAUUUAAACGUGUCAAUCUUAUAUUUGUUUGCAUAUUUAAAAGAUGAGUGUGAACAUAACUAAGACACCACCUUACACCAUAAUGCUUUCAGCAGCCAUUAAUAAUCUGGAAUUUAAACUGAAAACUAAAAUGCAACUUCAAGUUAAGACAAUUAUUUACAAGUAAAUAAUAUAUACAUUAAAAUGUAUUUGCAGAAUUAAACAUACUGUAACAGAACCACAUUUGUCAGCCAGUAAUACUGAGGAUAAAACUGUGAAGGAGAUAUCUGAACAGCAAGCAGAGGCAGGUAUUAUUUCUGCAGGAGACUAAAUGAUUUAAACUGCACCGAGAGACAAAUAGCAAUCAUUGUGUUUGAAUCCAUUGCCGUUACGUUGCCUUUGGUUAGUGCACUCACUCAUGAAUUUUCCAUGUUUCAACUGAUGUAAGAGCGCUUUUGGGUCUGAAAUAAAACCGUGCCAUGUGCAUAACUAAUAAUGUUUGUUAUUAAAGAGCUCCAUCUUUGAACUCUCA